UCUUAUACCAACCCCUGUGCAUGCCCUGAACUAGCCAGAGGCAUUGUUCUUCAGGAAACUAAAUUCUACUUCCACUUUUUUUUUAUCAUUCCAGUCAACAUUCUGCUGCAUUAGUUAUUAUUGUAUCUUUGACCUAUGCUAUGAUUUUCCAUAUUAGAAACAAGAUUGAUAUAUUUGCUCGCGUCAACAACAUUUUUAAGGCGGCAUAGUAUUUGAAUUGGUGGAACUCAAACACAACCAGCUUUUAUUUUUUUAAAAACAACAUUUUUAUACUUUGGAAAAUUAGUCUAGUGGCAUACACAGGGGCCCUGCCUUUACCAGUCGCCCCGUCACAAAAGCAGAGGACAGGCCAACCCCCACUUCUUGACCAAGAUGGCGGCGCCGGCCAACUCCACCACCUUCUCCGGCGACAUGUGGGCGGAGCUCCGCCUGGCCGACGCCCGCGAUGUGCCGCACAUCUACAGCCUCAUCCACCAGAUGGCCGAGUUCGAGCUCCUCACCGACCUUUUCACCGCCACCGAGGAGCUCCUCACCUCCACGCUCUUCCCCUCGCCGACGCCACCUCCCUUCACCUCCUUCACGGCUCUCGUCCUCGACCUCUCCCCCUCCCCCGUGGUCCCGGACUCGUCUUCCAUCAUCGGCUCCCUCCGCCUCGAUCUCUCUGCGUUUCCGCUCGCGGACCCGGAGGCCGCCGCCUUCGCCUCCCCGCGCGGCGGCGGGCGCGUCACGGCGGGGUUCGUGAUCUGCUUCCCCAACUACUCCUCUUACCUCUCCAAGCCCGGGCUGUACGUGGAGGACAUCUUCGUGCGCGCCCCCUGGCGUCGCCGCGGCCUUGGCCGGAUGAUGCUGUCUUCCGUCGCCGGCAGGGCGGCGGAGCUCGGGAUGGGGCUGGUGGAGUGGUGCGUGCUCGAUUGGAACAAGAACGCCAUCGACUUGUACGUGGGGAUGGGCGCCGAUAUGUUCCCGGACUGGCGCAUCUGCCGGCUCACCGGCGCGGCGCUAGACAAGUACAAGGGCAACCAGGAGGAGGCCGCCGAUGAGAAGGCUGCCGAGUAGAACCAGAAAAAUUGGUUCUUGACUCUUGAGUGUCAAUAAAGGUAGUGGAUUUGCUUCCGAUGCUUAGCACCUGUGUACAGUUUAGUGAUUGGUGCAUUUGAUCUGCUUAUUAGUGCGAUGAAUUCAGGUUGUAUGCUGAGCAAUUGGGACUUGUUCUUGUGGUAAACCUUCGUACUGUACAUUAUGCAAAAUUACCUCCGGAUUAUAUGCAAGUAUGUCUUUAUUAUUAGCCAUUUCAAAGCUGGUUGAAAUACUUGAAAUCAA